GGAUGUAGGCAUGGCUGGCUGAGAAGAUGCAGUCAUUGUAAUGGAAGCAGCAUCUCCUGAAAACACCAUCUCCAUUGUAAAUCUGCAUCUCUUUCGAAAGCUCGGUGAUUUUAAACUGGAAGCAACAUGAAGACUGGAGACAUUCUACUGGGGGUUUUCCAAGUGAUUUUGAUAACGCUGUACGUCGGUAAGAUACGCGGCCAGACACCAUCUACAGCCCCUCCCUCCACGGGUUUCCCUGGAUCAACAGUGACCCAAACACUGAUGCCUGCUGGGGAAGAAAACAUAACCUCGACGGUAGCAACAUCGACAACGAUGGCGACAUCAGUUGAUAAUGGGACCAUUACAGGAGACAAUAAUACAACAGAUGGACCAAUUAAUAAUAUGACAACUGUUGAAGUUUCGACUUUGCCUCCAAUGUCAAACAUGAGCGUAGACAACAUCACUUCAACACUGCCACCGACUGGCAUGGAAAAUUCAACUUCGACGUCAGACAUUGGAAAUUCAACUUCGACGCCAGACAUGGGAAAUUUAACUUCGACACCAGACAUGGGAAAUUCAACUUCGACACCAGAUAUUGGAAAUUCAACUUCGACACCAGAUAUUGGAAAUUCAACUUCGACACCAGAUAUUAGAAAUUCAACUUCGACACCAGAUAUGGGAAAUUCAACUUCGACUCCAGACAUGGGAAAUUCGACUUCGACGCCAGACAUGGGAAAUUCAACUUCGACAUCAGACCUGGGGAAUUCAACUUCAACGCCAGAUAUUGGAAACUCGACUGCGACGCUGGACGUAACAAUUACGGCCUCGCCAACAACCAACGCAAUUAAUUCAACUUCACCUUUAAAUAUUGAAAAUAUGACAGCGUCAACAGAUUCUAACAUGACGACGUCAGAGUACGUGAUGGUGACGAUGACGUCUGAAUAUAUGACUAAUGUGACUGAUGAUUCGAACGUUACGGACAUCACGAAUUCAAUCGAUACUGCAAAGGCAGAAAGUAACGAUUCAAAUAGUGCAAGUACAGGGAGUUUAACAACGUUGUUUUCUACAAUCAUGUCAACGGAGGAGUCCCAGAAGACAGAAUUCGAUGAUACAAGAAAGAGAAGUGGACCAAGUAUACCAGUUGCACUGUACAUGAGCAUCUCAGUUAUUUUGGCACUAUGUGUUGUAUUACUACUGGGUAUCAUUGCGCACGUGUGUGCCUCUAUGCGAAACAGGCCGACCUCUUACAACAUCUCGAGCCGUGUGAACGGUCAUCACAACCCAGCGUUUGACAGCGGUGAAGUCGCCGACGAUGACGAAGAUAAUCCAGUUAAGGGUAUAAUGCGAGAACCGAUAGUGGACAUCGAGUCGGGGUUAUACAGUGACAACGAGCGAACUCCGUUAUGAUUGAGGAUUUUAAAAGUCUACAGAGAGCCGAAGAAUGACCUUUCUGACAAUAAGUGAAAAAAGUUUAAUAGAAGCUUGCCAAAAUCGAAUAAUUUCUAUGAUUACAUACAUUCCGAAUGAUUGAGGUAUGUGCACAGCUUUUAUUGAAUGAAUAAUUUCACUUCACUAAUUUCAGAACUGACGUUAUUAUAUUUCUCGUGGUUCGGGGAAACAAACUUUUUAUUCAAACAUAUUUUAGUGCACUUGGUUCAUACAUAGGGUCACAUACUUUGAAAUGAAAUUAUCAUUAUGAUAAACACUUUGAUUUCGUCUAACUGUUAGUUCAGAUUUUGAAAAAAGUUUUAAUUUACCGAACCUCAUAGAGGCUUGGAUUUAUAGUGUCACCACUCCGUUAUCUCGAACAAUGGUUCAUCAUGUCAAUGCUCACAAAAGCUUCGGCUCUUGGGCAGUACUUUAAGAAUAAAUAUUAUUGAAUUAAUGUCCAUUAGGUCACGGUACAAUAUUAUGGUUUACAAAACCAUAACCCUAAUCCAUUAUACCCGAAAUAGUUUGCGUACUUCCUCCAAAGUAGAGAAGAAAUUAUCUCUCAACGUCCGACAAGCUCUCCAAAUAAACUGAUAAGCAACCCCCCCCCUCAUUAGUCGCUGGUGCUAAAUAAAUUAGGAUUCGUGUUAUAUUGAGUUAUGUAAAUAGAAUUAUGCGUUGUGUGAUCAUUGUCUUAUCAAUGGAAAGCUAUUAACGCUUUAUAUGUGCCUUGAUUAGCUCUCGAUUACGAGUAUAAGCUAGAUUGUGUUCAUUUUGUUAAGUACAUGAUGACGGAAAUAUUCAAUUUAGUCAUUUUUCUUUUUUUAGAUCUCACUGCACUUUUCAACCAAGCUGUAAAUCGAACAACGUCAUCCUUAGAAUUGUGU